AUGGCCUUUCACGGUCGCUGGCCGGCGCCGCGCCUGCUGCUGCUGCUGGCUGCGCUUGCGCUACUUGUGGGCGGAGCGGCUGCCUCGCAGGAGGUGACGAGCUCGACGACGAUGCCGAGCGGGCAGCAGUACGACACCUUCGUGUUCACGAUCAGCCCGGACAUCCCCAAGAACCGUGAAACCGUGAGGCUGAGCGUGCCGCAGCCCACGAUCACCGGCGGCGGUCUGACGCUGACUGGCUGGGCGGAGCACUCCCUCAAGGGCGAGUACGUGUUCGUAUACGCCGUGGACGGCGCCACGAUCACGGACAGCUCGCUGAUCAUCACGGGCGCGAUUCCGGCCGAUGGCACGGUGGUGCUGAGAAACACGCAGGCGCGGAGCGCGAUACCGAUGCCUGUGUUCGACUUCAGCACGAUGAGCUUCACUGGCAACGUGAGCGUGACCGUGCAAGGCAGCAACGUGCAGUACAGCGGCGUUGGCGUGGACGCCGUUGUGGUGCAGGUCGGCGAGGCCGAUGCCCCUGCCCUGGUGACCGACUACAGCUUCCUGCAGGUGCUUGGCAUGCGCGUGAGCGGCGGCUCCUGCGUGCUGAGCAUUGUGGGGGGCAACCCGGAGCAGUCUGUGGCUACGGUGAUUGGCAACGCUGCGGUUGCCCUUGACGUGGUCGAGGCGGAUGGGCUGAGUCGUGCCGCGCUGUGCGUGGAGGGCGCCGUCAUCGUGAGCCUGAACAGCGCUGCGCGCGUGACGAGGAGCCAGCUGAAGGCCGCCACGCUCGACGGCGUCAAGCGCUCCCCGAAGCUUGCGAUUGACGUGUCGGCUGGCAAGCUGACCGUGAUCAGCGCGUCGAUGUUCGUCGUGAAGAACGUGAGCAUUCCCGACGGCGGCGUGCUUGGGUCGACGGGCGGUGCGCUGCUGACGCUGGGCUCUGUGAACCUCGACUCGAUCAUCGCCAUCAUUGGCAUUGACGCCAAGACGUUCUGCCCGUCGUGCACGGUUGAUGGCUUUCCUUCCUCUCAGGACAAGUCGUCGUAUGUGUACGCGCAGGACUGGACAAUCGACGGCCGCCCGACGACCGACUACAGCGACCAGGCUCGGCGGCGCGACGGGCCUCACAAACGGGCGUGGCAGCGAUGGCAAGUGCCGGUCCGCGUACUGCCUCCCCGUCAACUCGAAGCCCGUCGACUCGAGCUCCCCCAGUGCGGGUGCAACUGCAAGGACGGCUCGUUUCUACCCAUGUGCCUGAACAAGGAGGACAAGUCCUUGACGUACCAGACCUGCAGUGACGUGCACUGUGUCGAUUGCGGGACGGCCAACGGCGCCGGGUGCAAGCAAUGCCUGCCGAACUACGACCUGGACGCCAGCGGCCGGUGCGUUGUCGUGAAGUGCGAGGUCGAGCACUGCACCAAAUGCACGACGGACGACGCCGGCGUGUGCGCGAAGUGCGAGGCGGGCUACGGCCUGGUGGGUGGCAAGUGCCAGGCGUGCGGCGUGAACUACUGCACGUCGUGCGACGGCGAUACGAGCUUAUGCAAUGCCUGCUUCAGCGGAUUCACCCUGAGCGUUGACCGCAAGAGCUGCGUCGCCGCCGGUCACGGAGUGCAGCGCGACGAACUGCGUCAAGUGCGUCACCGGCAGCGUGUGCCGGUGCGCCAUCUGCAAGGAGGGCUACGGGCUGCUUUCCACCGGCCGGUGCUGCCGGUGCGCGGACGCGAACUGCAAGACGUGCGACGGAGACGUGAGGAAGUGUACGGCGUGCAACAGCGGGUACACCCUGACGGAAGCGUUAUCGGCACCUGCUCGCCGGGUGGGAUGUGCAAGGUGCCCAACUGCGCGCAGUGCCGCGCCGGGAAUGUGAACGUGUGCCAAAGGUGCGUCAACGGCUACGACGUCAACCCGGCGAGCGGCAGGUGCGUGGUGGAGGGCUCCUGCCCAGCGAAGCACUGUUGGGACUGUGCCUUGGGCAAUCCGAACUUUGCCUGGUAUGCGGCGACAUCAACACGCCCAACAUCAUUUACGGCCCCGACCACAUAG